UCAUAUCCCGUUUUCUGUCAACGAGGAACUACACACCCUGCAAAAUAACGUGGAUUAUUUUAAUAUAAUUUUUUAGUGUAGUAGGACUUCGUUAGCUAGCCAGCUUGAUUUAAAUGGACGCUUAUGGAACGUGCGAAUGAAAGACAGCAUCGUCAUGGCUUUGGCGACUGCAGGAACUUAUCUGAUCAACACUAACAGCAUUUGAGCAAGAGACAGUAAUGAAACAGUAUUUCAAGAUGAUGACUGAUAUGAUAGUGUUGUGUGCGACUCUGGCCAUCUCUCUGUCGUUCUGGAUCAUUUCUAUGACGGCCAGCACUUACUAUGGCACUUUACAGCCCGUGUCUCCGUGGCGUUGGCUGUUUUCAAUUCUGGUCCCCCUAAUUCUUGUUUCACGUGCUAUGAAGCGGAAGAGCCUUGACCACAGUGGAGCACUUGGAGGAAUGCUGGUUGGAUUCAUUCUUACAAUGGCUAACAUGAGCUUCUUUUCCUCCUUGUUGGCAUUUUUUGUCACCUCUUCUAAACUCACGAGGUGGAAGGGUGAAGUCAAGAAACGUAUUGAUGCAGAAUAUAAAGAAGGGGGACAGAGAAACUGGAUGCAGGUGUUCUGUAAUGGGGGCGUCCCAACAGAACUGGCCCUGCUCUACAUGAUCGAGGUAGGCCCUGGGGAAAUCCCAGUGGAUUUCGGGAAGCAGUACACGGCCACCUGGAUGUGCCUGGCCCUGCUGGGGGCACUGGCCUGCAGCACGGGGGACACCUGGGCAUCUGAGGUGGGGCCUGUCCUCAGUAAGAGUAAGCCCCGCCUCAUCACCUCCUGGAAAGAGGUCCCCGCAGGUACAAAUGGGGGAGUUACCCCAGUGGGACUUGUGGCCAGCUUACUGGGUGGCAUGACGGUUGGCGUGGCUUACUUCAUCACCCAGCUGCUGUUCGUGAGGGACCUGAACCUGGCAGCUCCCCAGUGGCCAGUCAUCAUUUACGGGGCGAUGGCGGGGCUGCUAGGGUCAAUUCUGGACUCUCUUCUUGGGGCCAGCAUGCAGUAUUCAGGUUAUGAGGAAGGCACUGGCAAAGUUGUGAAUCAUGAAUCAAGGACUGCGAAGUGGAUAUGUGGGAAACCAAUCCUGGACAACAACGCUGUCAAUCUUUUCUCCUCCAUAAUAAUUGCUUUGGUGCUGCCUGGCGUGGCGUGGGGCUUCUGGCCAAGGCAGUAGAAUGGACAUGGACUGUAUGAAAUCUGUGAUGUUGAAAAGGUUAUUUGUAGUGAGGAUGUCUUAGAGUCUUAAAGGUUUUCUGGUAGUGCCGUGGAAGCUCAAUAAUCACGAUGUCACUUCUCAUUUUUUGGUCUGUAUGUUGAAACACACCUGGGGCCAAGGAAUAGUAGUACUAUUCCUUAUUGUUUAACGUUUACACUUAUUUAAACUUGCAGUUAAUUCUGACAUUUCUGGAAAAAGUCAAUAAAUGGGAUAAUGAACCCCAGAGAAAGUGUCCGGUUUUAUGCAACAAGCACAUACCAAGUUAUUCGGACAAUCGCCCUUAAAAGGUUGAAUUCUAAAUCAAGAUUCCUGCAUUUUCUAAGACAGCUUAGACCCCAAGGCUUUAUUUAUCAGUCCUGUGUAGAAAUGGUGUUGAAGUUGGUUCUUUCAUACAAACUAAAAUAUUUGUGUGCACUGAGUGUUCUCAAACCAUUUAUGUGUUAAUUGUUAAUAAAUCUCACCUAUUCUGAAG